CGUUUUUUGACGCCGCUUUCGCGCACGCGCGUGGCCGUAUCACGGGCUGCCGCGGGCUGGCGCGCGCCCUCCAUGGGGCUGCCGCGGCGCAGCAGGACUGCAGGCGGCCUCGGCGGCGAGGCCGGGGCGACUCCCGCAGGAGGGAUGCCCAUCCACGAGCUGCGCGAGGUCAUCGUGGACGGCAAAUCGGAUGGUAACAAGGCGACCUUCCGAGUUCCCAUCCACUUGGAGCUGGUCAAAAAGGUCGGCUCUGGUGCAUAUGGCUGCGUCGCAUCGUUCAAGGAUGCGCGGACCGGGGAGAAGUUCGCGGUUAAGAAGGUCAGCAACGCCUUCGAUGACCUCGUCGAUGGCAAGCGGAUCCUGCGGGAAGUGAAGCUGCUGCGGCAGCUUGACCAUGACAAUAUCAUAAGGAUCCUGGACAUGUUCCCGCCUCCCGGCCCAGACUUCGAGGACAUCUACAUAGUCACUGACCUGAUGGAGACGGACCUUCACCGGGUCAUCUACUCCAAGCAGCCGCUCACAGAGGAGAGGGAGGAGGCGUCCGCCGAUGGCAACGUCCGCAACGGUCCAGCCUUCGAGUCGCAGACUGCUCGCCGCCGUCCUGUCACUGGCGGAAUGAGCUACCAUCGCGUGACCGAGAGUCGCCCCGAUGGGAGCGGAUCCUUCUGGCUCCGCUCAGGCAAGCAGGGCUCGCUCGCGUCGGCAUGCCAGGCGGCGUGCGAGACCGGGGACGUGCUUGCCGGACAUGAGGCCCCGAACCCCACCCCUGCCGCGGCCGCCCCGUGGAUGGCGUUCUUCUUCGUGUGGGUUUCUGUCAUGGGUCUUUACCUGAAAGGCCCAUGUAUCGAUUCAACUAUCCGUCAGUGUCCUGACUUCCUUUGGACCGAUCCCCCUGGGAUUGCUGCCGAACCCGAGCCGCUCAAAUGUCCACCUGGGGAGAUUUGUACGCGGGUGGCUGGUGGCAUGUGGAAGGUGCUCAGGAUGCCGUGGGGCGGAGUGGGAAAUGCGUUGUUGGGCGGCUUGUCAGCUGCGACCCUCGACGAUACUAUGCGGAUGCCGAGUCCAGAGCACUCGCCUCGCGGUCUCUACCCGCUGUUUGUCCGCGACCAUGGACUCACGGCGUACAAUUUCUCCACGCGGGACCGCGCAGAGAUCAAGUUGCCCGCAGAUCAGCCUGCUGCACCUCGUGCGUCCGACAUGGCGGGGCAUAUCGGCAAAGUUGCCGAGGCGCUUCAGCGCGCCUGCUGUCGCGUCUCCCACGUGCUUACCGCGUGGUCUGAAUUCGAGAUCAAGGCAUCUUCGUGGGUCGCUGCCCGUGGAGGUUGCGGCGGCGACAUUUGUGACCCCAUGCCUGUGGCAACACUCGCAGAGGCCUACCGCGCCGCGCUACGUCGACGUCUCGACGAAACCAUGGCAUCCACAGACCCAGCCAAUGAGGAGCAGAAGCAGAUAAUUUCUGAUGUUCGCCGUGCUCGUGCACUCUACGUGACUGGUAAUAACGACGAAUACCGAGAGCUCAACGAGGAAUCAGGUAUCCUCGGGCUUGAACGUGAUGUCAACGCGAACUACAUCGUGCAGCCUACCAACUGGUCUCGCAGUCAGGCAGAGUCUCGGACGGCCGUGGCCAACCGCCACAACUCUUUCAGUCACAUCGUGUCGGAGGUGUUCACUCGGAACGACUACGGCCCCAACAGGAAUGCCCUGUACAUCGACGACGAAAAGGCCCGCUUCCAGGUCUUCGUCCGCGCCCCAACCCUGACGCGUUGGGGGCAGAUAUCGCAUGGGAUCAGGUACUGGCCAUUCGUGCCAUUGAUCGAUGAGACAAAGCUGACCACAACGAUUGAAGGCAUCGCGGACUUGCCGUCCAUUUUUGCCUGA